CUGCUGUGAUCAAGAGGAUCCCACUUACUUUGCCAUCUGGGGUGACAACAAGGCCUUCAACGAAGUGAUCAUCUCCCCAGCCAUGCUGCACGAACAUCUCCCCUAUGUGGUCAUGGAAGGGCUCAACAAGGUCUUGGAGAACUACAACAAGGGGAAAACAGCUUUACUUUCUGCAGCCAAAGUGAUGGUGAGCCCUACAGAAGUGGAUCUCACCCCAGAGUUGAUCUUCCAGAGUCAACCCUUGCCCAGUGGGCCCUCGGUGCAGCUGGGGACUGGAGCUGUGACAGCAGACAGAAGGAACAGCAGCACCAAGAGCAAAUCCCAUUCUGAAAUCAGCUUGGAGGGUUUCUACGAGACAAAACCUCUAUCCCCUGUGCAGAAAGACCCCGUGGAGCUGCUUCUCUUGGACACCAAGGAGAGGCUGUCCGUGGAGCUGCAGGACAGAAGGGCUCCUCUGGCCACCAUGGAGAGCCUCUCAGACAACGAGUCCCUCUACAGCUUCGACUCCAGGCGCUCCUCGGGCUUCAGGAGCAUCCGGGGGUCCCCCAGCCUCCACGCUGUCAUGGAGAAGGAUGAGACCCACUGCUUUUACAUCGACCCCGCCAUCCCCGAGGAGAACCCCUCCCUCAGCUCCAGGACAGAGCUGCUGGCUGCAGACAGCCUCUCCAAGCACUCCCAAGAGACUCAAGCCCCCGAGAACCUCCUCAACAGCGGCGGCACCACCCCGAGGCGACGCUGCAGCGAGGAGGGGGCCAGCAGCGAAGGGGGGGGGGACAGGGUUUCUUUGCCCCCCAGGGAGGAGUUGAGCCUCCAAAACGGGAGGCUCAGCGACGUUCCCAGUCCCCAAGUGUUGGAAUUUGCCGAGUUCAUAGACAGCCUCUUUAAUUUGGAUAGCAAAAGCAGCUCCUUCCAGGACAUCUACUGCAUGAUGGUGUCAGACAGCUCCAGUGACUUCGCCGAGAUGCCCAAAUCUGUCAGCGAACAGGAGAUCCUCUUGAGGGCACAAUAUGAACCCAACUUAGUCCCAAAGCCCCCGAGGUUGUUUGCAGGCUCAACAGAUCCUUCGUCGGGCAUCUCUGUCUCCCCUUCUUUCCCCCUUAGUUCCUCUGGAGAACUCAUGGACAUCACCCCCACAGGAGUGAGCAGCCAGGAGUGCCUGGCCACUGACAAAAUCCGGACUUCCACCCCCACUGGGCACGUUACCAGCCCUGCCAAGCAGGACGACCUCAUGAUUUCAGCCCUUUAG